CUUACAUCAGUCUCAAUGCACCAACAUAUCCCUCACCUCAUUCUUUCGCUCUCUCCCCUCAAUCGCGCUACCUUGAGUUCUGUUGGCGCCAAUGUCGCUUUUUAUAAUACAAUUGAGCUAGACUUCUACGUGUUAUCAUCCGCCAUGGUCACUUUUGGCAGGUCUCCGUCUCCCGUCAGCCUCUGCUCGCCUGGCCCGGCCUUCUCGGUCAGGUGUUCAACGGAAGGGACGCGGGGAGGGUUUGAUAGUCAAGUGGACUCUUCACUAUCGGAUUCUCGGCUGGAUCAUGUCAAGUCCCCCAGGGAAUCUCCAUCUCUCGCAACUUUCCAAAGAUCACUCCAACAUGCGGAUACAAAGAAUGGCCUUGAUGAGAAAACGCAUCAACAAAUUCGGUUAUCUACCGAUUCUCUCCCACAACGCGGUCCUAGCCGAGAAGUCAAUACCACUGGCCAAACACCAAAAUCUGUUAACAAAAUCAGGACGGAAGAUCCAACUCCGAAUUCAAUGCCGAGUUUAGAGUCGCGGGGCCAGAAAAUCGCAUCGAGACGGAGAAAAAAGCACUCAGAGGACGCUCCACAGGAACCAUCAGCAGAACUACAUUCCACCCAAGACGGAGCAAUCUCAGCCAGUCGGGACGAUCUCCGGGCUAAUUUUCUAUCCAGACAAUCGUCACACAGGCAGCCUGCAUGGGGGUCCAUCAGAGAAGAACCAGAAUCUCGCCUCGCUUCGCAUGUUGAAAAAGUCAAUCUGAAGACGGAGAAUCUGGAAAGUCGGACAAGAUUUAUUGCCGAUUCCUCUUUCUCCUUAUCGGGUAACAGAAAAGUGGAUUAUCAGGCGAGUAAACCGAUUGUCGCUCGUUCCCGGCCGAUACAGACCCCACCAACGUCUGCUUCAUUUAAAAAGGCUACGAAAGAAGACGUGGAGAAACACCAAAUCCCCAAGCCUAUUUUACUACUCGGCGGCGUGUUUGGGGGCAACUCUCUAGGCAAGUGGAUCUACGACUGGGCUGUUUUCCACCACGGGUUGGGAAACCCCAUUUCGGAAAUGGCACACGAUCUCUGGCAACUUUUGAUACAACUUAUCAGCAAGAAGGAUUUCUCGGAAGCCUGCUUCAUUGAGGGAGGGGAACGAUUGUUGGAUAAACUUAACUCCCUACUAAAGCGGUACGAGGGACUCAUGCCCAAGCCCAGUAAGAGGAAAGGUACUACGCAACUAGGCGAGAAAGAGUGUGUGGAAUUUCUUCGUAGCACGAAGCGCUUCAUGCGCUCUAUGCGAUUGUGGAAUUUACGGUUCGACGCAAACUGCCACGAGAUUCUCAUAGGGUCCACAAUUACGAAGGUUGAAGGUCCCGGAGCUACACGGCACCACAGUUCAGAAGCACAAGCUCCUGUGGAAUCUAAAGACAACGAUUCUCUCGUCUCGUCUCUAGAAUCGCAUCUUACGCAGGCUUGUUGGACUGAGGCUACCGAGAACGAGUACACUGAUGACAGUUCGUCAGAUUUCAUGUACAGUUCUUGUACUUCGGAUGACGAAACUUUGGAUAAUGAGCAUCCCCUCCGUCAAGAAGUUCCAAGCCUCGUCCAGAUUGCACUCGAAGAAUAUGGAAAGCAGCGAGGCAACUCAGAACAACGAAGCUCAACUGGUUCCAACGACUCAAAAGAAUUGAGCGGCUCGAGCAAGUCUUUUUCUAAAUCGCAGAAGAGGAACAGGACAAGACAACAAGGUGGAGGGAUGAGCUCAGGAGAGGAAGAUAGCAGGAACACCAAGUACGGAAAGAAGUCCAGAUUGAGCGAUGUGGACGACAAAUCGCUGCUGCUCGCCUGCCCUUACUACAAGAAGGACAAGUUCAAACACAAGCUUUGUCUUCGAGACUUCAAGUUGAAAAGGAUCAAGGAUGUCAAGCAACAUUUGUGUCGUAAACAUAUUCAGCCACAUUUCUGUCCCUUGUGUGGUCAGGAGUUCGAAACUAAGGGAGAUGAGCGGGAUCACAUCAGGACGCAGUCGUGCUCCAGACAAGAAUACCAAGAGCCAGAGGGUAUCACUGACGACCACAAAGACAAGUUUUCCUCGCGUUGGUUUACUGUGUGGGACAUUGUGUUCCCCGACACUCCUCGCCCUUCAUCAGCAUACGUACAAGACCCAGAAAUCGAGACCCUAUUGGAAAUGGUCGCCAAUCAUGAGAGGGAUAUUGCGGCGCUCUUUACAACCGUUGGAAGCCCCAGCGACGCAAGCCUGCUGGAUGAGACCCCGCCAUCGCUGAUCACGGACGACGUUCUCACCCACGCGGCAGAGUCAAAUAGCUGUGAGCGAGGUCUCGAACAGACUCCGCAGGGGCUGGCGCAAUAUCACGGCCUCGAAUUCCCGGUACCGAACACUACCCUGCUGCAAAAGGAUCCACCCACCGAUGAGGUUGGUUUCCCAGACGAGUCUACCUCAGACUUCACUUGGGGCGUACCACCCAGCGAGGACUUGACAACAGCUGACUGGACUACAAUCCAAGAUCAAUAA